GCGUGCGGGCGGUGCAGUCCUCGGCCGGGCGCCAGGUCCGCGGCGGUGCGGUGCGGUGCGCCUCGGGAUCCUCGCCCGGGAGGGCCUCCGUGAGUCACCGCUUGAGUUGUCGCAAUCGCCACCCAGCGGAAAUCGGACCGGGGGUGGAGCCCGUUCCCCGCCGCGCUCGCCCCCAGAGGUGAGUGCCCGGAGACGGCGGCGUUGACUCCUGGGAGCCGGGCUCCGCGCGGCUGCUCCUGGCGUUGCCCUCGGACUGCCUGCCGACAGGGACGGCCAUCGCGCUCGGACCUCCUCCGUGGAGCCCAGUCGGGGUGCGCCGAGCCAUGGAUGGCGCGGAGCUGGCCGGGCAGAUCCUUUACACCUGGCUGACUCUGGUGCUCGGCCUCAUACUCCUGCCUUCGGCCUUUGGCGUGUCUUUGGGUAUCUCUGAGAUCUACAUGAAGAUCCUGGUGAAAACUUUAGAGUGGGCCACAUUACGAAUUGAAACAGGAGUUGCAAAGCAAUCAAUCCUUAAAAACUCAGCUUCUGUCGGUAUUAUCCAAAGAGAUGAGUCACCCAUGGAAAAAGGGCUGUCUGGUCUGCGAGGAAGGGACUUUGAGCUGUCUGACGUGUUUUAUUUCUCCAAGAAGGGGUUGGAAGCCAUUGUGGAAGACGAAGUGACCCAGAGGUUCUCCUCAGAGGAGCUAGUGUCAUGGAAUCUCCUCACAAGGACCAAUGUAAAUUUCCAGUACAUCAGUCCGCGGCUCACCAUGGUGUGGGUGCUGGGCGUCAUUGUGCGCUACUGUGUUCUGCUGCCUCUGAGGCUUACCUUGGCUUUCAUUGGGAUCAGUUUGUUUGUUAUAGGAACCACCCUGGUUGGACAGCUGCCAAGAAGCAGCCUCAAAAACCUGCUGAGUGAAGUGGUCCACCUGACUUGCUGCCGCAUCUGUGUCCGUGCCCUCUCCGGAUCCAUUCGCUAUCAUAACAGGCAGUACAGGCCCCAGAAGGGAGGCAUUUGUGUUGCCAACCAUACAUCCCCAAUCGAUGUUUUGAUCUUGACCACGGAUGGGUGCUAUACUAUGGUUGGCCAGGUUCAUGGUGGAUUGAUGGGAAUUAUUCAGAGAGCCAUGGUCAAGGCUUGUCCACAUGUCUGGUUUGAACGCUCAGAAAUGAAGGAUCGUCACCUGGUUAUUAAGAGACUAAAAGAACAUAUUGCUCAUAAGAAAGAAUUACCCAUAUUAAUCUUUCCUGAAGGAACUUGUAUCAACAAUACUUCAGUUAUGAUGUUUAAAAAAGGAAGCUUUGAAAUUGGAGGAACCAUCCAUCCAGUUGCCAUUAAGUAUAAUCCUCAGUUUGGUGAUGCGUUUUGGAACAGUAGUAAAUACAACAUGGUGAGCUACCUGCUUCGAGUGAUGACCAGCUGGGCCAUCGUCUGUGACGUGUGGUACAUGCCCUCCAUGACAAGAGAGGAAGGGGAAGAUGCAGUCCAGUUCGCUAACAGGGUUAAGUCUGCUAUUGCUGUGCAAGGAGGGUUGACCGAGCUUCCUUGGCAGCCUAGACUGGUACAAGAGCUCAUUUUGUAUUGAUCUACCAUCCUCAGUGUUGUCCAGGACGGCUCUGCCCAGGAUGGAGGGCUGAAGAGAGCCAAGGUGAAGGACACCUUUAAGGAAGAGCAGCAGAAGAAUUACAGCAAAAUGAUUGUGGGCAAUGGAACUCUCAAGUCGGAAUUGAACUGAAUGCCAUGCAGGCUUUCCAGAGCUAGUCCUUAGAAAUGGAACGGGGUGGAGUUUUUUUGUUUUUUCUUUUGACAGGAGAAGAAGGAAGUGCGUUGUUUUGUUUUACUUUUUUUUUUUAAUUGUUAACCUUUUCUACAGGAUGGUUGUCUCUACCUCCUCUUGCCAGAGGCGGAACCUACGGUGCCAUUUUUGGCUUUUGUUGUUAAAGCAUUAGCCGCAUGAACUGUAAAGUCGUGUGCUGAGUUUGAACUGAUUCUGCCUUUUGUGAAAUGACUGUGGCCUUGUGGAUUGAAUGAAAUAUUUGUACUGGAAAAAGCUCUUCUAAAACACUUUGGGAAUUCAUUGUGUUUGGAACUCAUUGAGAGGGCAGUUCUCAAGAAAAUACCCCACACUUUGUUCAUGAUUCAUUUUCACACGCCCUUCCCUUCCCACUUUCCUUACUUAAACAAGGAUUCCACAUUAGGUUCUAAUGGCUGUCAUGGUUUUGUUCUACUACAAGAUUGAAAAGAAAAAUGGAAGACAGUCUUUAGGAGAAAGGACAGCUUUGUGGCCCCUUGAUCUGAAAGUUGAAAGGAAAUUAAAUAUCUUUUACUGGCGUGUUAGAGGAGACAUCCCAUUUGGUGAACUUUACCAAAGAAAAGUGAAUCUACGUUACAGUGAGCGCAUAUUUAUAUGUAGGUGACUUUCAAACAGACCUAUGUUAGCCAGCAACCGAUGAUAAAGCUUUUAGUUUUCCAUGUUUCUAUAGUAAAGGUCUCUACCUGAUGCCUCUCGCAUCUACCGAUUUGUUUGAUCCAUAUCACCAAACACAUUUCAAAGAGGAAGAGCCUCUGACAACCAUCACCAAUCACAUUGAGUGUCUUCCGCAGAGGUUGGGGUGUGGUGAGUGAAGUGUUUGGCGCUGUUCCUCCCCCAUCACCCCUUUGUCCUUUAUUUCAGAACUUUCCCAUUUUCUUAAACAUGAAAAUAAGUGGUAAAAUUACCUUUUGGAAUCUGAGCCUUAAAUCUUUUGAAGGGGAAAAUCAGUGUUUCCCGACUGUGCAGCCUAAGCAAUGUUGAUAGCAAUAUAGUGCCAUCAGAGUGUUAUUUCUCUUCUGGGAACCAUGUACAAAACGUGACACUGUCUUACGGUGAAUAUAAAUAAAUUCUAUAUUUCUAAA